GGCGGGGACAUCGGGACUGCGGCGGCGCGGACAGCAGCGCAGCGGCGGGGACCACAGCGGCCCAGGGUCGGUCUGGGGUUCUAGCAGCCGGCCCUGUCCUCCCAGCCGGCUUCAGAGAAGAUGCCAGAACAGAGCAAUGACUACCGUGUGGUCGUAUUUGGCGCAGGCGGCGUGGGCAAGAGCUCCCUGGUGCUCCGCUUUGUGAAGGGGACGUUUCGUGACACUUACAUCCCCACCAUAGAGGACACGUACCGGCAGGUGAUCAGCUGUGACAAGAGCGUGUGCACACUGCAGAUCACGGACACCACCGGCAGCCACCAGUUCCCGGCCAUGCAGCGGCUGUCCAUCUCCAAGGGCCACGCCUUCAUCCUGGUGUUCUCGGUGACCAGCAAGCAGUCGCUGGACGAGCUGAGCCCCAUCUACAAGCUGAUCGUGCAGAUCAAGGGCAGCGUGGAGGACAUCCCCAUCAUGCUGGUGGGGAACAAGUGUGACGAGACGCAGCGGGAGGUGCACACCCGCGAGGCGCAGGCCGUGGCGCAGGAGUGGAAGUGCGCCUUCAUGGAGACCUCGGCCAAGAUGAACUACAACGUGAAGGAGCUGUUCCAGGAGCUGCUGACGCUCGAGACGCGCCGCAGCGUCAGCCUCAGCGUGGACGGCAAACGCUCCAACAAGCAGAAGAGGGCCGACCGCAUCAAGGGCAAGUGCGCGCUUAUGUGAGCCCGCCAGAGCCGGCUUGGGCCUCCCGGGCUCCUGCUCCCCUCCCUCCUCCCUCCCCCUCCUCUCUC